AUGAAAAGACAAACGACAAUUUAGUGAGAUGCAUUUGAUGGCAUCUUUUAAUGUGUCAUUUAGUGAGAUGCAUUUGGUGGCAUCUUUUAAUGUGUUUUCUUCUUCGGUAGUCGCUUUUUUCUGCUUGAACUUGAAGUCUAACCUUUAUGUAACAAGGAUGAUCAUAAUGAGUUUUGCAUGCUUUCCUCCUUAAUGGGAUCUCUCUCAUUUGUAAUUAUGUAGGUGAAUGAUGGGAUUGUGUGCAGGUUGGUUGACUGAAAAUGAAAUUGGAUUUGUUCUGAGCUAUGUUCUUUGUUGCAUUUUUCCGUUGUGAAAGAGGUUUAUUAUCAUUUCUGUGUUUCUACCUAAUUCAGUAGGACUUCUAUGCCAUAUUUAGCUAUUUUCUAUUUAUUAUACUUUAAAAAGUUGAGGAAAAAAGGUGUGGUUGCCUAAUUGUUUUAGACGUUUAAGAUUGAAUACAUAAACCUAGAUUACUGCCUUGAUGAGCGUUGAGAAGUUGUCGACUUUGUUUCUAUAUCUGAAUCAUUUUUUGUCCUUCUAAUAAGAUCUCUCAAGUUUGUUCUUGUCUUGAUGUGUUUUUAACCAUUUUGACGUAUCAAUUCUGCUGGCCCAUUUCCCUAUUGUAAGAAUUGUUACAUACAUCUUGUACAUGCAUCAGUUUCAAGCAAUUCAAUGAGAAAUUGUUUUUUAAAAUUUGGUCUUGCAAGAUUUGAAGCAGUUAUGCUGCAGUGCACUCCAUCUUUUGAUUUGUGAUUAGGCCUCUAAUCAGAUUAUUCUAAACACAGGCAUGGGGUGGGUGCCAAUUGUUUGAAAUCAAAACUCUAGAAAACUAGGAGAUGAGAGCUCAGUAGUUUAUGCAUGUAUUUCCAGGACAGGACCAGAGUGGAAUAUUUAAACUUAGUUACUUCAGGAUGAGUUGUAUUUCCCAAUCACAUGAUACAAUGUUUACUCGUCCUUUCCCUUUUUGGGUAGACUUACUGGUUUUCUAUAUCAAUUAAUUUAACUAUUUCAU